AGAAAUGUCAAGAUGUGCCCAACACUGAUGUAAAUAGUUGGCUAUCAAUUAUAUUUUGAUAAAAGAUAGAAUAUAAAUGGAGACGUGAUCAUACACGUUCUGAGCUUGAACAUGUAAAUGGCAAGGAAGUGUAUUGAUUGUUAAGAAUUAUCACGGUUGCAGAUUUUUAAAAAUACUUAUUAUCGUCAUGACUAUUGACGAGGGGGUUCACCGUUAGUAUUGCGUUACAAUUUACAAAGUUGCUUUCAUCGUUUUCGACGAAGAAGCAAUAAUUAGUUACGCGAAUUACAGUUCGUAAUCGACCGCCAAGGAUGUAUAUUAGAAUUGUAAAGCUUGUGCUAAUUGUGCUUAUAAUUGCUCAAAUAAGUAACCUAAUUUAAACAUCUUGUUAUGAUGUUUAUUAACCUAACGAUUGUUUAUAAAAUUUAUUUUGACGUUUGACGUUUGUUUCCCUGAAGACUGUGACUGUCAGAUUGUAAAAUUAGAUUUUCAUCUUUGCUAAUUAUAUCACUAUGAAUGACAUGGAACAGUCUGAGAAUAUGGACAGUGAAAAGUUUGGUUCUUAUUCUGCCUUACUGGUUGCAUUUAAAACUAUGAAUGAACGUUGUCAACAAUUACAAUUAAGGUUGUCUACUGUAGAAGAAGAAAAUAUGCAUUUAAGGCUUGAGUGUGGAAAAGAUAAAUCUACAACCAUCACAAAAUCUCCAAACAACAGUGAAAAAUCUGUCGUAGACACUUUAAGGGAGAAGAUUGAAGAGCUUAAAGAACAAAAAUCUCAGUUAACUCAUCAAGUUUUUAUGGUGGCAGCAGAGAAUCGUCAAUUGUGGAAAAGAUUGACGAAAUUAACGAGAACUAAUAAGACUUUGGGAAGUCAUUUGACAAAAAUUUCUGAUACACUUAAGGAACAUUCUCCAGUACAACCGUCAGAACUUGUGUCUUACAGUUGUCAAGAUAUUUCGGAUUCUACUUUAAAGGAGAAUGUUAAACAACAAGCCGUAUUAACUGCAAAUGGUGAGAAAGAUCUAAGUUUAGAAGAAAUAUCACUCAGGCUUAUAAAUAGCAUUAUGCUGGAAAAAUCUGAUCUUGAACAGCAAUAUCUUGAGAUGGUUGAACUUCAAAAUAGUACAGAAUUGGAUUUACGAAACAUUGGUUUCACUUAUCCAGAAGAUUCUGAUACAGAUUUAGAAUUAUUCAAACAGCAUGAUAUGAGGCUGUUGCAAAUGAAAAACACUCUGUUAGCACAACAAACUACAUUGAAAAGGGCGCUACAAAACUUUAAGAAAAAGAAAAAGGGAUUAAUGUGUAAUACUUGCCGCAUGAAUGCAAAUAAAAAGAUGUGUCACUCCAGUACUCAGUUCAAUUUUAAUGAGAGUAUUAAAGAGCAUGGUACAACUCAAACGAGUCUCCAAGCUCCGAGCCUACCUUUGGAAAAAUGCCCCAAUUCAACAGAUAAUGUUGACCACGAUAAUAAGAUUUGUCCGUUAUGUGGAUCCUAUUAUGGAAAAUCGACUACAUUUGCAGAAUUUCACGAACAUGUCUUAGGCCAUUUUACUGAAGAAAUGUCUGUUGAUGGUUUGCAUUAACGUUUAUUCUCAUUACGUACUAAUUAUCAAAGGAAGGGCACUUUUUAUUUUUGUGAGUUUUGUACAAAAUUGAUUUAUUUAACAGCAGAGAAUAAAUAUAAAUGCCACGUUU